CCUUCCCUGGGUGCUGUCCCUGGCCACGGGGAGCAGAGCCCGGAGCUGCCCUCAGGAGGAGCCGCAGCCCGGUGAGCCCUGACCUCGGCCCCCUCCACGCUGAACAAGCCCUCAGCCACUGCUGGUGUGGGCCCUGCAGAGCCAGCCCUUCCCACCAGACACAUUCGGGAAUGUUUUCCGGCCCGGCCGUGCUCCGGAGCUCCCAGAACAGAGCACUGCUCUGAGGGAAGGGCCUGUGAUCCAGCUGGCACCCGUCCACCCCGUCCCUCGGUUACAGGGCGCCCGCCUCAGUUUGAAACAUCCCGAGGAAUAACAACACGAGUUACUGUCUCACUGAUGUUUCCAGUCCUCAGGCAGUCCUUGAGCCGCGGGACCCGAGCGAUUGGCACAGGCGCCGGUUGUGCAAUUCCCUUUCUGAGGGCAAUGCAGCGCCAUGAGGCAAAGCUGUGGGUCGGAGUUCUGGGCUGCUGAAAGGGCGCCGCUGACAUGGCCAACAGCACAAACUCCUCCGAGUACUUCUGGUCCUACGAGUAUUACUGGGAUUACAUAGAUCCAAUUCCAGUAGAUGGAAGCAAGCUGAAGGUUAAUAAAUACUCCAUCGUCAUCGCCUUCUGGGUCGGCCUCGCUGCCUUUGUGAUGUUCCUUUUCCUUGUUCUGCUCUGCAUGUCCUGCUCUGGAUCGACACCAGCCAACACGGCCACGAACGGCAGCGCGGGCUCGGGCAGGAGCUCAUUAGGCAGUGACUGCGCUCGCGCUAAUUAACGGGCACGAGAGCACCCGGGGCUGAUCCUGGUGCAAGGACCGAGCGCUCGCCAGCGAAAUGUGUUGGAAUCCCUGUGCGAUCCCAGUGGUUUGAAGUUUAGGAAUGCUGCGGGACGUGCUCAAGGUGUCUGGACUGGCUGCUCAACCACCCUCACAGCCACACUGAGGAACAAUGGAUCAGAUUUCCCUGAGAGUUCCCAAUAAAACUCAUGGAUAAUCACUGAAAA